UCGAAAAUGCGUUGAAAUGGAAGUCGCGGACAAAGCGGCGGCGAAAGCGCGCUCAGAGGCGGCGCCACAGUCGCUGCUCUCGGCGGGACACGUCGUGAAGGAGCGCUGGCGAGUCGUGCGCCGAUUGGGCGGCGGCGGCUUCGGCGAGAUCUUCGAGUGCUUGGAUCUGCAGACGCAGUGUUUGGUCGCUCUGAAGGUGGAGUCCACGCAGCAGCAGAAGCAGGUGCUGAAGAUGGAAGUGGCGGUGUUGAAGAAGCUGCAGACGACGUCGCAGAACGUGUGCCGUUUCAUCGGCUGCGGCAGGAAUGAGCGCUUCAACUACUGCGUGAUGACACUCUUGGGCCGCAAUCUGGCCGAACUGCGCCGCUCCGUACAGCACGUGCACCAGAAGCCCGCCUUCUCGCUGUCCACGGCUCUGAGACUCUCCCAACAGAUCCUUCAUUGCAUUCAAUCCAUUCAUUCCAUUGGUUUCCUCCACAGAGACAUCAAACCGUCGAACUUCGCGAUCGGGCGGACGGAAGCGACGGCCAAACGGGUCUUCAUGUUGGACUUCGGUCUCGCGCGCCAAUACAUCAUCUCCAACACCAACGAAGUGCGGCCGCCGCGCGUGGCCGCCGGCUUCCGCGGCACAGUCAGAUACGCGUCGGUGAACGCGCACAAGAACCGCGAGAUGGGGCGACACGACGACCUGUGGUCGCUGUUCUACGUGCUCAUCGAAAUGGUCAACGGGUCGCUGCCGUGGCGCAAAGUCAAGGACAAGGACAGCGUGGGGCUCAUGAAGAGCUCCUUCGACCACAAGCUGCUGCUGAAGCACCUGCCGCAGGACUUCAAGCAGUUCCUCGAACACGUCGAAUCCCUGCAGUAUCUCGACGCGCCCAACUACGCCCUCUUGAACUCCAUCUUCGAGCGCUCCAUCCGCAGACGCGGCGUCCGCGCCGAAGACCCCUUCGAUUGGGAGCUGAUGCGCGCCAACAACGAGGCGAACGCCGAUCAGGUGGAGACGAGCGUCGGCUACUACUCGGACGCCAACGAGAACAAGAUGGCGGCCAACGCCGUGCCGAAGCAGACGCCGUGCGUGUCCGCGCAUGCGCUCCACAACAACAACAACGCGCCGGCGGAGAAGAGCCUGAAGUCGGAGCCGAAAGCGCACUUCGAGCCCAAAGUGGACUUCUCGGUGAUGACGCAGAUGCACGCGUGCGCAGACGAGCUGUCGCAGCGGCCGCAGAACGCGCGCGACCUCCAGGACUGCCGCCGCAACGUCACGCAGUACUGCGUCUCACACCUGUGGGAGAAGAGUGUGGCGCUGAACGACGCGAACGAUGACGUCAUUCAGGACAUGGCGUUCGACGAGAAGCGCGAGGACGAGCGGUGGCGCGAGCGACGCUUCGAUUCCAACACUUAUCCGAUUUGCAAACAUUUGUUGGCUUUUCGUUCGCAAAGUCUGACAGAAAUCCAAUUCGAAAACGAUUUCGUGUUUCGCGAGAAAAAGUCUUUCAAAAAAACUCUCAUUUUGUCCAAAAGUUUUCCACAAAUCACUCAAAAGAACGGCUUUUUGUGGACCUCUUGCGACAACCUCUUAAUCUCUAGUCACGUGACACUUAAUCCUCCCGAAGAGUCUUUAGAACCGCUUUUGGAAAGCGUUUCGAGAAUAAGAAAACGAUUUUUUCGAUGAUUUUUAGC